CUUGGAGCGCGGCGAGCGAGCGAGAGGAGCCCGAUCCAUGUCCCUCGCUGCCUCCCUGCUAGGCGCGCGAAGAUGAUGGCCAUGAACACCAAGCAGCCUUUCGGCAUGCACCCGGUGCUUCAAGAACCCAAAUUCUCCAGCCUGCACUCCGGCUCCGAGGCCAUGCGCCGAGUCUGUCUCCCAGCCCCGCAGCUGCAGGGUAAUAUAUUUGGAAGCUUUGAUGAGAGCCUGCUGGCACGCGCCGAAGCUCUGGCGGCGGUGGAUAUCGUCUCCCACGGCAAGAACCAUCCGUUCAAGCCCGACGCCACCUACCAUACCAUGAGUAGCGUGCCCUGCACGUCCACUUCGUCCACCGUGCCCAUCUCCCACCCGGCCGCGCUCACCUCGCACCCGCACCACGCGGUGCACCAGGGCCUAGAGGGCGACCUGCUAGAGCACAUCUCGCCCACGCUGAGCGUCAGCGGCUUGGGCGCCCCCGAGCACUCGGUGAUGCCAGCGCAGAUCCACCCGCACCACCUGGGCGCCAUGGGCCACCUGCACCAGGCCAUGGGCAUGAGUCACCCACACGCCGUGGCGCCUCACAGCGCUAUGCCCGCAUGCCUCAGCGACGUGGAGUCGGACCCACGAGAGCUGGAGGCUUUCGCCGAGCGCUUCAAGCAGCGGCGCAUCAAGCUGGGGGUGACCCAGGCGGACGUGGGCGCGGCGCUGGCCAACCUCAAGAUCCCAGGCGUCGGCUCGCUCAGCCAGAGCACCAUCUGCAGGUUCGAGUCUCUCACUCUCUCGCACAACAACAUGAUCGCGCUCAAGCCGGUGCUCCAGGCGUGGCUGGAGGAAGCCGAGGCCGCCUACCGAGAGAAGAACAGCAAGCCCGAGCUCUUCAACGGCAGCGAGCGGAAGCGCAAACGCACGUCCAUAGCGGCGCCGGAGAAGCGCUCGCUCGAGGCCUACUUCGCCAUCCAGCCUCGGCCCUCAUCUGAGAAGAUCGCGGCCAUCGCGGAGAAACUGGACCUUAAAAAGAACGUGGUGAGGGUCUGGUUCUGCAACCAGAGACAGAAACAGAAACGAAUGAAGUACUCGGCUGUCCACUGACUGCGGCGGGGCUCAGCCUCUGGGGGCCGGGAAAGCUGUGUUCGUCCCGGGGGGGACGGGAACGGGGGACUCCAAGACGUCUUCUGGCAGGUCAGCCUCUCUUCACCGAAGCCACAGACUUUCCCCUUUAUCCCACCCGGUUGUCUCCCGGCCUUCCCUUUCUCUUUUUCCCAUUCUAAUCCCACCAGAAAAGUUUUGGCACCCAGGAAAAAUUCACGAAAGGCCAGCCUGGAGGGACUUGUGCUGUCCGUGGUGCUGAAAACCUCCCUUGCGCCCUGGACUGCGCGACUUCAGGGCAGGAGCCCAAACGCAGGGGUUAGUGAAUUGGACCGACCACACGACUCUGCGGUGAAGGGGCCACAUUGCUAAGCUCGACUAGGGAUGGGAAGGAAGUGAUAAAUAAUAAUACAAAGUCAAACUGGGGCACGAAGAUGUACUGGAGAUUUAUUUAGAUUAUAUGAAAUUAUGUAUGUUUCCAAAGGAUAGCCUUAUACUACUCCCUUCCCCACCUAAAUUUUAUCGAUCUCAUUCUUUGGUUUGCUGUAAGUUCUCUAAGGUAGCAUGGAUUAGUUCAGGGAAAUUGUGCGGGGAGUUGCCGGGCUCUGAGUGGUUCUCCAUGUAGGUCCUACUCCAGAAAAGGGCCUACAUGCUGGGGUGGCUUAGCUAUUUGCAAGCAGCAGUGGACACCUGCUUUGGUCCAUCCGCUGGUAAUUACCGCCUGCUGGAGAGCCAGGGGUUGGUAGGGUUCCGGACUGACGGAUAGCGUUGGACCCCAGCUCGCUAAUCCAGCCAGACUCCCAGCGCACUGUAGAGGCGGCUGCUUGAAAGUAAUUGUAAUUUCUCCGAGUCAUAUGCAAGUCCUCCCAACACAUCUAACCUCGUCACCCUUUCAUUGUUGUUAUUGUUAGCAUCUUUGUUUCCCAUUAUUUAUUUAACGUCGCUUCUUUUCAUCCCCCUUAUAUGAGUGCCUCUCAGUGGAGAUUCACUUAUAAUUUUGGGUGGAAAGAGGGGCCAGACCGCCGGCCUGGAUCCUUCUCACUUCACUCUCUCUAGCCCCAUCACAUUUUAUCUUUCGUUGCUUCAUGUAAUUUGCGUGUUGCUGUGUGGUCUUUGGUUUCGUUCUCUGAACAGAUACAAAUAAAAUAUUAAG